GGGUGGGGGUUGGGGGGGGGUAACGAGUCCUGUCCUGUGCCCUCGGCCCACGAUGACCGCCCGUGUGAGUCUGAGCGCCAUGGAGCCCCGGGCGUUGGCCGGGGUCCUGAGGAGCGCCCCCCACAGCGUCCUGGUGAUCGACAGCCGCUCCUUCGUGGAGUUCAACGCCUCCCACGUGCUCAACUCCGUCAACAUCUGCUGCUCCAAACUGGUCAAGAGACGCCUGCUCCAAGACCGCAUGGCCAUCACUGAGCUCAUCCAACCCAACUGGCAGACCAAGCUCGAGCUGGAGGGGAAGCAGGAAGUGGUGGUGUACGAUCAAUGUUCCCGGGACGUGGGCAGUUUGGCCUCCGACAGCUUCACCUCGGUCCUCCUCAGCAAGCUCCAGAAUGUCUUCCACUGCGUCUCGCUGCUAACAGGUGGCUUUGCGGCGUUCUCCUCCUGUUUCCCAGGCUUAUGUGAGACGAAGCCAGCCUCGCUCCUGCCCAUGAGCAUCUCACAGCCCUGUCUGCCCGUCGCCAACAUCGGGCCCACUCGCAUCCUCCCACACCUUUACCUGGGCUCCCAGAAGGACGUGCUGAACAAGGAUUUGAUGCUGCAGAGCGGGAUCACGUACGUGCUGAACGCCAGCAACUCCUGCCCGAAACCGGACUUCAUCCCCGACAGUCACUUCAUGCGGAUCCCCGUCAACGACAACUACUGUGAGAAGCUCCUGCCAUGGCUGGACGAGUCCGUGGAGUUUAUAGAUAAAGCCAAAGUUUCUAGUUGCCGAGUGUUGGUUCACUGCCUGGCCGGGAUCUCUCGCUCAGCGACUGUCGCUAUCGCCUACAUUAUGAAGACCAUGGGCUUGUCCUCAGACGAUGCUUACAGGUUCGUCAAGGAUCGCCGACCGUCCAUCUCACCCAAUUUUAACUUCAUGGGGCAGCUGCUGGAGUACGAGAAGAGCCUGAAGCUGCUGAAAGCCUGGUGCCGGGGCCAGUCAGACAGGCCCGAGAAGGGGGUCGAGAGGGAGCCAAGUGGGGCCAGGCCUGGCCGGGACAGGCCGUGGAGCAAAGCCAGUGUCUCGGGACAGCCCGCGGGAAAGGCCGGGGACCUGGCGAAGCCUCUGGAGAGCGAGUGUAAAGUCUCGUCGCACUUGGCCCUGCAGCAGGGCCUGAACGGCCUCCACCUGUCCACAGAGAGGAUCCAGGACAACAACCGCCUCAAGCGCUCCUUCUCCCUGGACAUCAAGUCGGCCUACUCUCCCAGCGUGACCGCGGGAGACGCCCUCGCUCCCAUGGGUGCCGAUGACAUCCCCAAACUGUGCAGGCUGGAGUCAGGCUUCGCUCGCUUCACACCAAGCCCAGACAGGAGCCCCAUCCCAGGCCCGGAGAGAAGCCCAUUCCCAGGCCCCGACAUAAGCCCAUUCCCAGGCCCGGAUAGAGGCUUAAUCACAGGCCUGAUCCCAGGCUCGGAAAAAUCCCACUACCAGGCCCUGACAGAGGCCUGGUCACAGGCACGGACAGGAGCCCAUUCGGGCCCGGUUAGAGGCCUAACCGCAGGCCCGGAGGUGUCCUCUUCCCCAGGGCCGGACUGUAAUGGGGAAAUCAAAGUACGACAGAGGAGGAAGGCCAGACACGGCGGGGGAGCCUGCAGCCCGUGUACCCCCACAGCCCCAGGGUUGCCCGGGGUCAGCGUGAACCUGGCCCGGCCCUCGGAUGGUAAACUGAAGCCGGCGCUGGUGCUGAGCGUGCCGGGAGCUCAGCCGCGAGGAGGGGGGAAGCACACGGAGCCCACUCAGGCCCCGGCCACCGCCACGUGGUUCUUCGCGGCCGAGCCCCCGCCGGUGGGCCCUCGCCCCGGGCUGUUCCCCGCGGCCCCCUCCUCACCGUAUGCCGAGCAGUACGGCAGCGUCAGGCUGAGAGACAAGCAGCACCAGGCACAGGCCGAGACCAGGGAACCGGCCCGCAGGAGCUGGCAGGACGAGGCAGGCCUGGAGAAACAGUUCAAGCGACGAAGCUGCCAGAUGGAGUUCGAAGGGGGGAUGGCGGAGAGCAGAUCCCGGGAGGAUCUGGGCAAGAUAGGCAAACAGUCCAGCUUCUCGGGCAGCAUGGAGAUCAUCGAGGUGUCCUGACACCCCAUCUCCCUUUCCCUCCCCUCUUGGGCCAUUGCAUUUGCCUUUCCCUGCUACGUAAGGCGGAGAGACACUGAGGAAAUUCCAACACAUACACACACACACACAACCUGCUGUGAUCUAAUAAUAAAUGGUGGAAACCGGCUCAGUGGGCUGAAUGGCCUCCUCCUGUUCCUGAAAGCAGCGCGAAACGUCCGCGGACUUUCUCGGAACAGAACAAAAAAGGACACGUGAAACCAGGAGCGAGUAAGAGACGUCUCUGUUACAUUUCGCUCCACGGGGUUCAAUCCCACCCCCCACCCCCCCGACACGCCAGGGCAGGACUCGGAAGGCGUGAAUUCUUUUUUUUUCAAUAGGAAAAAAAGGAAGA